UCUCACGUACUGUUAUCGGCCGCCAUUAAUGCAGGCCUCGACCUCGCCUUCUUGUUAGUAGUUACGCGGAUUUUCCGCUUCUUCUCAUCCUUCAGAAUUCAUGGGCAAGAGGCUGAGCCUCGGCUCGCUCUUGCUCAAGCUCCGGCACGCGCCGUCGCCGUGGCCCUCCUGCAAGCAGCCCAAGACCGAGUCCUUCCGCGACGCCGCCGUCUACGGCACCGUCAACUCAGUCUACUUCGACUCUGCCGAGUCCUGCUUCACGCAUUCAUCCACGUCGGAGGCGCCGGAGAGCUUCUCGACGCUGUCGGAGGAGCUGGCGGUCGUGCCUCUGCGUCCGGCCGACCGGAUCUCUUUCCGGCGGUCCGGAGAUACCAGCUCGAUCCUGGAGGACUCGAAGCCGAGCAGCGGCGGUGUUGACGACGACGAAGAUACGGCGCCGCCGUUUGAGGGCGGCAUUUCGCUGGCCGUAGACUCCGAGGACCCUUACUGCGACUUCCGGCGAUCCAUGGAAGAGAUGGUGGCGGCGCACGGUCUCAGCGACUGGAGGCGCCUCGAAGCGUUGCUGAUUUGGUACUUGAGGGUCAACCGGAAGAAGACGCAUGGGUUCAUCUUUGGGGCCUUUGCCGACUUGCUUGUUGCCCUCGCUGCUUCCCCUGCUUCCUCUUCCUCCAAUUCAUUUGGGGCCGUGGAAAUCAAGGAGCAUGAAUCAAGUGAAACCACUUAAAUUCUUCUUUAAUAUCAAUAUUGAAGAGAUUGGGAUCCUUUCCCCUAUAUGAUUCCUAACUCGUUGUCUCUGAUCAUCUGUCUUUCCUCUCCUGCUGGCCUGUUUUAUUUUCUGAGUUCCCAGAUCCUGUGGAGUUGAUCAUUUUAAAGUAUUUCCAGUGUACAGUAUUCGGGGUUCAGGGAACUCUCAAAUUGUAAGUUUUUCUGAUCAAAUAUAUAUGAACUAUAUCCA